CUUUUUGCCAUUUUUGUGGUUGCCCACCUGCUUGGAUUUGCCCAUAAUCUACCACCAUAGACAACAAUAGUCAAUAUGUGUCUGAUCACUGAAGUAAAACGAACAUCUAAAGCUUUUGGUGACAAUAAGACGUUACUGAAGUCUGGGGUUUUAAAGGUCUCAUACAUUUUCCCAAAUGGAGACAAAUAUGAGGGUGAGUGCUAUCAGACCUCAGACGGCGUGAUGAUGAGGUCAGGGUUCGGCACCCAGACCUCAUCCUCUGGGACGACGUACACCGGAGAGUGGAACGAUGAGAAGAUGACCGGCAGCGGGACGCUCUCACACCCCUCGGGAGGCGUGUACAAAGGCCAGUUCAGAGACAACAUGUACCACGGUAGAGGAACAUACUACUUUCCUGAUGGGACCAAAUACUCCGGAAUGUUCAGUUACAACAGACUCGAAGGUGAGGGUGAGUUUACUGAUCUGAAGGGAUUCGUGUGGACUGGACACUUCCAUGGAAAAGCAGCAGCAGGGCUCCAACUAAAGCUUAAUAUAUAACACACACACACACACACACACACACACACACACACACACACACACACACACACACACACACACACACACACACACACACACACACACACACACACACACACACACACAGCUGAGCUCAUGACUGCAGUAAGACCGAGUUGUGUAACAGCAGACAUGACAGAGUCUCACGUGGAGAAGAAGACCACAUGGUGUUAUUUUUGCAGUUGUUUCAUGUUAUUUUUCGGCCUGAUGAAGUUUAAUUUAAACACAAACCAAUAACCAACACAACAAUCUGUCACACUGUCGUCAGCAGACUGGGGAUUGUUUCCAUUAGUGAUGUUACAGACAUGUCAGUGAUGUCUCUGUUUAGUGAUGUCUCUGUUUAGUGAUGUUACAGACAUGUCAGUGAUGUCUCUGUUUAGUGAUGUCUCUGUUUAGUGAUGUUACAGACAUGUCAGUGAUGUCUCUGUUUAGUGAUGUCUCUGUUUAGUGAUGUUACAGACAUGUCAGUGAUGUCUCUGUUUAGUGAUGUUACAGACAUGUCAGUGAUGUCUCUGUUUAGUGAUGUUACAGACAUGUCAGUGAUGUCUCUGUUUAGUGAUGUUACAGACAUGUCAGUGAUGUCUCUGUUUAGUGAUGUUACAGACAUGUCAGUGAUGUCUCUGUUUAGUGAUGUUACAGACAUGUCAGUGAUGUCUCUGUUUAGUGAUGUUACAGACAUGUCAGUGAUGUCCCUGUUUAGUGAUGUUACAGACAUGUCAGUGAUGUCCCUGUUUAGUGAUGUUACAGACAUGUCAGUGAUGUCCCUGUUUAGUGAUGUUACAGACAUGUCAGUGAUGUCCCUGUUUAGUGAUGUUACAGACAUGUCAGUGAUGUCUCUGUUUAGUGAUGUCUCUGUUUAGUGAUGUUACAGACAUGUCAGUGAUGUCUCUGUUUAGUGAUGUUACAGACAUGUCAGUGAUGUCCCUGUUUAGUGAUGUUACAGACAUGUCAGUGAUGUCUCUGUUUAGUGAUGUCUCUGUUUAGUGAUGUUACAGACAUGUCAGUGAUGUCCCUGUUUAGUGAUGUUACAGACAUGUCAGUGAUGUCUCUGUUUAGUGAUGUUACAGACAUGUUAGUGAUGUCUCUGUUUAGUGAUGUUACAGACAUGUCAGUGAUGUCUCUGUUUAGUGAUGUCUCUGUUUAGUGAUGUUACAGACAUGUCAGUGAUGUCUCUGUUUUAAUCAAUAGUCCAAAUGUAUCCUUGAAUUCUGACUUUCUGUUUCUUCACCACUGUAUGUAAAUGGUUCUGUAAUUUCUGGAGUUCGCUCCCAAGAGUUUCACUCACCGAGGCACAUGUUCUGUAGUGAUGUGACAAUAAAGGUGACUCGACUUGACAAUAAACUAAUAAAGUAAAUUUACUACAGUGAA